AUGACCUGGUUCGAGUCAAGGGGAAAAAUUAAAGGUGCGACACUUCUGCAUUACGCAGAUGAACUGGAAGACAUUGAUCUUUUGGCUAUGUUUCUUGUAGCUUGCCCUGAAUGCAUCAAAGAUGUGACUGUUGGAGGUAAAACUGCGGUGCAUAUUGCAGCAGAAAACAACAAUAUUGAAGCUCUUGAAGUCCUGACACGUUGGCUACGAAGGACUCACAACAAAGAUGGUGGAUUCUGGGAAAUUGAAGUCAUGAACUGGAAAGACAAGGAUGGCAACACACAGUGGCGGAGUCAGGAGAGGGUGAGGAAUGCUGCUAAAGAAGGUGAUGUUGAGGCGUUGUAUGAGCUUAUCCGGGAGAAGGCUGAUUUUUUGAAGGACAUCGAUCAAAUGGAGUUUGUUGAUACUCCAUUACACGUAGCUGCAGCUGCAGGACGCACUGGGUUUUGCAUUGGAGUUGAUGGACUUAAAGCCAUCACUUGCUACGAAGCUGAACCACGACGGGUUGAGCCCCAUGCGCCUUGCGUUGCAGAAUGA